UAUAUUGUAUUGUAUAAAUAAAGGUCACUCACUACUCUCAACAUCCUAAAAAAUAUUCACUAGGAUUUUAUUUAUUUCUUUAUUUUAUUCAUUCUUAUAUUAUAUAUGUAGUCUUUAUCUUAUAAUAAUUUUGCAUUGCUUGCCAUGUAAUUCAAGAUCAAUUUGGAAAAUUUGCAAGAUUUGGGAUGAAAUCUGGUCGGAUCUUGCUUUGUGGGAUGUGGAUUUUGGUGGGUCUUAUUUCUCUACAAAGCUAAUCUUCCCAUCUCAUCUUCCUCCCAUAAACACAAAACAAAAAACCAUUCUUUCCAAUCUUAAGGGUCAAUACAAGAACAAAAAAACAUUAAUUUCACCACCCUUUUUCCAUUUUCAAAAUCCAUUUACUUUCUUAUAAUCCUUAUUUGGAAAAAUGGGAUUGGCUGCAGAGUCACAGUUUCAUGUUUUGGCUGUUGAUGAUAGCAUCAUAGAUAGGAAACUUAUUGAGAGGCUUCUCAAAACCUCUUCAUAUCAAGUUACAACAGUUGAUUCUGGUAGCAAGGCUUUAGAGUUUUUGGGUCUAUGUGAAAAUGAUGAGACCAACCCAAAUACACCAUCUGUCUUUCCUAAUAAUCAUCAGGAAGUGGAAGUAAAUCUUGUUAUAACAGAUUACUGUAUGCCUGGCAUGACAGGCUAUGAUUUGCUUAAGAAAAUCAAGGAAUCAUCAUCAUUGAAAAACAUACCAGUGGUUAUUAUGUCAUCCGAGAAUGUGCCUUCAAGAAUCAAUAGAUGUUUGGAGGAAGGAGCAGAGGAAUUUUUCUUGAAACCUGUAAGACUAUCAGAUUUGAGUAGACUUAAACCUCACAUGAAGAAAACCAAAUUGAAAGAUCAAAAGCAAGAAACAGAACAAAAAUUUGAAAACUCAGAAAUUAUUCAAAAUGAUCAAAAACAAACACCAAAAUCUCAAAUUCAACAUUCAGAUACAGAAUCACAAUCACAGACACAGUUACAAGCACAUUCAACUAUAGAUCAACAACAACAAUCACUACAACAAGGGAACAAUAACAAGAGAAAGAAUAUGGAACAAGGUCUUUCAUCUGACACAGAUAGAACAAGACCAAGAUACAGUGGCAUAGCUACUGUUGUAUGAUGAUAAAUUAUUUGGCAAAUAAUUUUCUUGAAUUUCAAAAUGUAAUUCUUAUUUAACUUUUUUUUUUUUUA